AUGAAGCGACCGAAAUUAAAGAAAGCAAGUAAACGCAUGACCUGCCAUAAGCGAUAUAAAAUCAAAAAAAAGGUUCGAGAGCACCAUCGAAAAUUGAGGAAGGAGGCUAAGAAACGGGGUCACAAGAAACCUAGGAAAGACCCAGGAGUUCCCAACAGUGCUCCCUUCAAGGAGGCUCUUCUUCGGGAAGCCGAGCUGAGGAAACAACAGCUUGAAGAACUGAAACAGCAGCAGAAACUUGACAGGCAGAAGGAACAGGGCAAGAAAAGGAAAUUUGAAGCUAGCUUUGGGGCUGAGCCAUCUGACGUGGAUCCUGUGAAGGAGGAAUUUGGCCAACACAAAGCUAAGAAAGCAAAGCUGGCUAAACAGCAUCCAAAGAAGUUGUAUUGUCAGGAACUUAAAAAGGUGAUUGAAGCCUCAGAUGUUGUGCUGGAAGUGUUGGAUGCCAGAGAUCCUCUUGGUUGCAGGUGUCCCCAGGUGGAAAGUGCCCUUCUCCAGGGUGGACAGAAAAGGCUGGUACUUGUAUUAAAUAAAUCAGAUUUGGUACCAAGGGAAAAUUUGGAGAAUUGGGUAAAUUAUUUGAAGAAGGAGUUGCCUACAGUCGUGUUCAGAGCCUCAACAAAUAUGAAGUGCAAAAGAAAGAUAACCAAGGUGAAGGAAAGGAAGAACAUUCCAUUCAAAACUGAAACCUGUAUUGGGAAAGAAGGCCUUUGGAAACUUCUUAAAGAUUUUCAAGACAUUUAUGGCAAAGCUAUUCAGGUUGGAGUAAUUGGUUUCCCAAAUGUGGGGAAAAGCAGCCUCAUCAACUGCUUAAAACAAGAACAGAUAUGUAAUGUUGGUGUAUCCAUGGGACUUACAAGGAGCAUGCAGGUUGUCCCCCUGGACAAACAGAUCACAAUCAUAGAUAGUCCAAGUCUCAUUGUGUCUCCAGUUAACUCUCCCGCCACACUUGCUCUGAGAAGUCCAGCAAGUAUUGAAGAACUAAGACCAGUGGAGGCUGCCAGUGCCAUCCUGUCCCAGGCUGACACUCGACAGGUAGUACUGAAAUUCACUGUCCCAGACUUCAAGAGCCCUUCAGAGUUUUUUGCUUCGCUUGCUCAGAGAAGAGGACUGCACCAAAAAGGUGGAAGCCCAAAUGUAGAAGGUGCUGCCAAACUGUUGUGGUCUCAGUGUACAAGUGGCUCUUUAGGCUUCUAUUGCCAUCCCCCUCCAUCCUGGACUCUUUCUCCACAUUUUAAUGAAAAUAUCGUGACAGACAUGAAAUUGGGCUUGAAUCUGGAGGAACUAGAAAAGAACAAUGCUCACAGCAUACAAGCCAUCAGGAGCCCUCCUUUAGCCAGUAGCAUCCUUUUCCAGUCCUCGGGUCUGACAAAUGGAAUAACAGAGGAAAAGGACAUAGUUGAAGAAUUGCCAAAACAGAAAGAAAGAAAGCAGGAAGAGAGGGAGGACUUGGAAGCCAUCAACAGUGACCAGGAAAGUGUUGAAGAAGAAGCUGAUGGAAGUGGCUCAAACAUGUCCCCUGCUAAAGAGACCUUGACAGAUGAACAGUCUGCACAGUCUUAUGUCUUAGAUAGGAAGUCUGAAGAGAAAGAUGAUGCCUACGACUUCAGUACGGACUAUGUAUAA